CUGGUCCUGAUCCCCCCCCCUCCCCUCGCCGCCAGAAAUGGAUUGAGCCACUUUUAACCCUUCUGGCCCCCUUGGGGAACUUGCCUACGGCAGUCCGGAGUCACCAGGGGUGUCACUUGUUCAAUCUCAGGAAUGGACUCCCGUUUGAUUAUUUUCUUCCUUGUAGGGCCGCCAAGGCUAAUUAAAAUCGUGCUUAUGGACGGGACUGCCUCCUUUCCUUUGAUUCAGUGUAAUCCUGCCAACAUUUAUUGAGCUCCUAUGGGCCAGGCCGAGUUCUGGGUGCUGGGGACAUAGAGAUGCAUCUGAACUUGAUUCCUUCCCCCAGAAGCCCGCAGAGUGGUUGGGGUAGAUGAGCAAAGUACUUCCGCGGGUAACUUAGAUUCAAGGCAGCCUAGACAGGGGCCAGUGACGGCCAAGAAUGAGAGGAAGACCACGUUGGAGAAGUAAUGACAGGUUAGAGAGACCAGCGAGCAAGAACCUCUACCCUGAAUUGGAGACAGAAGUUACUUUGCUAUGAGGACGUAAAAGAUUGCCUUUUAACCACAGAACUCCAUUGGAAAGGGUUUUGGAAGACAUGAAGAAAACCAUCAGAAAUGAAGUCAGCAGCCUCAUGGCCUCUUACUGACUAGAGUGGAGUUUUAUUUCGACAGUUUUUUUGGAACGACACCGUGCACGAUGUCUACUGAGGUCAUCCAUCAGGUUGAGGAGGCCCUUGAUGAGGACGAGAAGAAAAUGCUGCUUUUUUUGUGUCGGGACGUUGCUGCCGAUGUUGCUCCGCUUAACGUCAGGGACCUUCUGGAUAUUUUAAGUGAGCGAGGACUGCUGUCUGCCAUGGGCUUGGCUGAGCUGCUCUACAGAGUGAGGCGCUUUGAUCUGCUCAAGCGGAUCUUCAAGAUAGACAGAAGGGCAGUGGAGGCCCACCUGCUCAGGCACCCUGGCCUUAUUUCAGACUACAGGGUGCUGAUGACAGAGAUUGGUGGCAAUUUGGAAAACUCUGAUUUGUCCUCAUUAUUUUUCCUCAUGAGGGAUUAUCUUGGUCGGAAAAAGGUAGCCAAGGAUAAGAGUUUCCUAGAUCUCGUGAUCGAAUUAGAGAAACUAAAUCUGAUUGCUCCCGAUCAGUUGGAUUUAUUAGAAAAAUGCUUGAAGAACAUCCACAGAGUAGACCUGAAGACAAAAAUCCAGAAAUACAAGCAGUCAGCUCAGGGACCUGAAACAUGUUAUACAAAUGCACUCCAGGCAUCAUUCCCAAAUUUGAGUCUUAAGGAUCCUUCAUGUAACUUAAGGCUCCAGAAUGGGAGAAGUAAAGAACAAAGAUUCAAUGUGGGACAACUUGACCUUCAAAGAGAAUCAGUGAAGGCGUCCAUCCAGGAGUCAGAAGCAUUUCUACCGCGGCACAUUCCAGAGGAGAGAUACAGGAUGCAGAGCAAACCCCUGGGAAUCUGCCUGAUAAUUGAUUGCAUUGGCAACGACGCAGCAUUUCUUCGGGACACCUUUACUUCUCUGGGCUAUGAAGUUCAGUCUUUCUUGUAUCUGAGUGUGGACGGUAUAAUCCAGGUCCUUCGCCGAGUUGCCGGCAUGCCUCAACACCGAGAAUACGACAGCUUUGUGUGCGUCCUGGUGAGCCGAGGUGGCUCCCACAGUGUGUUUGGCGUGGAUCGGACACACUCAGGGUUCCCUUUGGAUCAGAUCAGGAGGAUGUUCAUGGGAGACGCGUGCCCUUUUCUCUUAGGGAAGCCAAAGCUCUUUUUUAUUCAGAACUACGUGGAGCCAGAGGACCCACUGGACAACAGCAGCUUGCUGGAGGUGGAUGGACCAGCGGUCAACAACCUGGAAUCGAAAGCCAAGCAGCCUGGGUCAUCUACCAUUCACCGAGAAGCUGACUUCCUCUGGAGCCUGUGCAAGGCGGAUGUGUCCCUGUUGGAACGGUCCUCCAGCUCUCCGUCAUUGUACCUGCAAUGCCUCUCCCAGAAGCUGGGGAAAGAAAGAAGACGCCCGCUCCUAGAACUCCACAUUGAACUCAACGGCAGCGUGUAUGGUUGGAACAGCAGAGCGUCUGCUAAGGAGAGGUACUAUGUCUGGUUGCAGCACACGCUGAGAAAGAAACUCAUCCUGUCUUGCGAAUGAACAGCCAAAAGCCUUUCCUGCUCCUGCCGUCUCCACCACUAGGCCAGAAGUAGUUUUCAAGCGAGGGUAUGUGUCAUGUGGGGAACAUGAGGUCCUAUAUGUGCUGAAAUGAGUCUCAGUGAGGACUGCGAUCAGGGAGGCGUGUUUGAACUAAAGCCUCUGGGUGGAAGGCUUUGGUCUCUUGCUGAAAGUGUCUGAAGCCCGUGUUAGGAAGGAAAUGGCUGUGAAACUUGAAAAACCAAGUGCUGGUUGAGUUGGGUGCCUCAGGAUUAUGUUGCCUUCCUUCGUGCCAAUAUGUAAACCAGAGCCAUGGAGACAGGGUUGUAGUCACACAUCUACCACUAUCCUACUACUACUAUAAAUUUAGUGAAGGAUAUGAACAUUCAGUGCAUAGCCUUGUCUUUGUGAUUGGACAUUGUCUGUCUAAGACUCCAGUUCUAGUUCACAGCUAACCACAUGCAUUUUCUUUCUCACAUUUGGUGGGAUGACCUGAAAGGCAAUCAUUAUUUAAAAUUGCAUUUAAAGGGGCGCCUGGGUGGCUC